UCCGAUUUCGAUUAUUGAAUUGACCAUUAAAGAAAAAAUUGCAUGUUCUAUAAUUUCCGAAAAAUUUCUUGGUAAAUGUAAUGAAUACUUUCUACAUGAGGAUAUGUUGGUAAACUCCCUAACUUGGGAAUCCCUGAUACUGAACGAUUCCAAAAUCUCGUAAAAUAAAUGCCGGGAAUUAUAAUAGGUCCUCAGAAAUUUAAUAUAUUAGGGUUUGGUAUUCCUCUUAUUUGUUUGUAAAAUUGAAAAUAAGCAAAAUCUUUGAAGACGAUUAACUUAGUCCCUCGUUCACAAGUUGUCCAAAUGAGAACCACAUUCGUUUUAUCAACUGCCUUAUCUAUUGUAGCAGUCCUCGCUGCCGAUGAUAAUCCGUAUGCAACCUAUCCAUCAGUUGCAAAGACAGCUUCCAUAAACGGAUUUGCUGAUAAGAUCUAUGAUCAAUUACCUUCUUGUGCCAAGGAUUGUGUUAAGCAAAAUACUGGAAUUACCCCCUGUCCUUACUGGGAUACUGGCUGUUUAUGUGUCAUGCCUCAAUUUGGAGGCUUAAUCGCUGAAUGUAUUGCAGAAAGUUGUAAGGGAGCAGAAGUUGUUACUGCUACCAGUUUAGCAAGUUCGAUUUGUUCUUCUGCUGGUGUUUGGGAGCCAUAUUGGAUGAUCCCUGCUUCGUUAACUGAAGCACUAGAUUCUGCAGCCGCAAACACAACACCUCAGGAAGACAAAACAACUCCUCAAGAAACUGCUGUACCAGAAACUACCGUACCAGAAACUAUCGCCAAUGAAACCACACCUAAAGAAACCACUACCAGUGAAGCUGCUGCUAACGAAAAUACUACCAACGAUACUAAGUCUACGACAGAAACAACUAUUGCUGUACAAAAUUCUGUAUCUGAAGUGAAUUCCCAAGGUAGUUCGACCCAAAUCGGAGAGCCAGUAACUGAAUCUUCAUUGUCUGCUGUAGACAUAUCUGAUGAAGCUACAACAAUCAGUUCAGUUGAAUCAACUUCUGCUACAUCUUCGGAAGUUGUCUCUGUCGAACAAGCUAAUAAUGCUGUCAAUAACUACCCCGGUGCAGUUCUUGUCGGAUCUUUUGCUGUUAUAAUUGGCUUACUCCUUUAGUCAGUUAACUCGUCUCAUGCAAGUUUUUAGUCUGUAAACAAUUCUCUAGUUUUCCAUCAAAAAUGUUUCUCUUCAGUCCUCUAUAUGAUAAAAAUAUAUGCUAAAUUAUGAUAUAGGUUAAUUAAACUGUCAAGCAAUCAUCGUGAGUUCUUGUGUUACAAAUUGAGAUAUCAGAACUGUAAUUAUUCUUUCCAUUAAAAACAAGCAUCGGAAGAUCUGAAAAAUAUUUUAAUGAUAUUUCAAACACUGUAACUGUCCUUCAAACUUCAUUAUUCAUCAACAAAGUUAUAGUGGAUUUAUUGAAAACUGGAAGCUAAUUUGAAACAUUUAAGACGAAAAGGAAAACGGAUCUUCAAAAUACAUAUUAUUCUAAAUUUACCAAUUCUCAAAUUGCUGACAAAAUGAAAGUAAAACAUUGUUGCUAGGUCAACAGUAGUGCAUUAGUUA